GUUAAUCGUGCGGUGCAAAGUUCUCCAAAGAUGCAAGUUAGAGUUCUUUCUUCAAGUAGCUUUGACGUCACCGGAAGUGUUAGUGAGAGCGCGUGGAGAGGAAAAUUAGGCAAAAGUUCAGAAAAAAGUGCAAAAAUGUUCGCUCGUGUUCCGAAAGUGUGCAGCGGACGCCUGUUGUGGGGUGUUUACGUAUGUAGGAAAAGUGAAAGUUUGCAACGCGGCUGCGCGAACGAUGCACGCAGGGCAACGGAGGAGCACUACGGCCGAGCCUUCGCAGAGGCUCGGGACCGACCGGAGCAGUACUGGGCCCGAGCGGGCCAGGACAUUAGCUGGUUCCAACCGUGGAGCAAAACAUUGCACGUGGAAGACCCGGUGUUCCCCAACUGGUUUGUGGGCGGCAAACUGAAUAUGUGUUACAACGCCGUGGAUCGGCACGUGGAAGGCGGGCGCGGCGAGCAGGCGGCCAUCAUCCACGACAGCCCCGUGACCGGCACCAAGCGGAUCGUGACGUACCGGGAGCUCCAGGAGCAGGUGUCGCUGCUCGCCGGCGUCUUGGUGAAAAAUGGCGUCCGCAAGGGCGACCUGGUGGUCAUCUACAUGCCCAUGGUACCCCAAGCUAUGUUCGCCAUGUUAGCGUGCGCCCGCGUCGGCGCGCCGCACAGCCUCAUCUUCGGCGGCUUCGCCUCCAAAGAGCUGUCGGUGCGCAUCGAUCACGCCAAGCCCAAAAUGAUCGUGACCGCCUCGUUCGGGAUCGAGCCCGGCCGUCGGGUGGCCUACGUGCCGUUGGUGGAAAAAGCCUUGGAACUUAGCUCUCACAAGCCCUCCAAAGUACUCGUCUACUGCAGAGAGAACAUGGAGAAAGUCUCAUUGGGCGGAGACUUGUCUUUAGACUGGGACGAGCAGAUGGCGACCGCCCGACGCCACGACUGCGUCCCGGUCCCUUCCGACCACCCGCUCUACAUUCUCUACACAUCGGGCACCACCGGAACGCCCAAGGGCAUCGUACGAGACACUGGGGGCUGCGCAGUGAUGCUAAAGUGGACCAUGUCCAACAUAUACGGACUGCGCCCUGGAGAAGUGUGGUGGGCCGCAUCGGACCUAGGCUGGGUGGUGGGCCACUCGUACAUCUGCUACGCCCCCCUCCUCCACGGGAACAGCAGCGUCCUCUACGAGGGCAAACCGGUGGGAACCCCGGACCCGGGCGCUUUUUUCCGCGUCCUCUCAGAACACGGCGCCGCCGGCCUGUUCACCGCGCCUACAGCACUCCGGGCCAUCCGCCAGCAGGAUCCCCGCGCCCGGUGCGGGGCGGCGUAUGCGCUACCCAGGCUGCGCUCCAUCUUUUUGGCGGGAGAACGCUGCGACGUGGAGACGCUAGAGUGGGCCAAGAGAAGUUUCGGGGUUCCCGUGUUGGAUCACUGGUGGCAGACGGAGACCGGUUCGCCGAUCACGUCCACGUGCAUUGGCCUGGGAAACUCGAUUGCGCCCCCCGCAGGCCAGGCGGGCAAACCGGUGCCAGGCUACGACGUGAGGGUAAUCGACGACCACAUGCGACAGGUGACGCCGAGAACUCUGGGAAACAUCGUGGUGAGAUUACCUCUUCCGCCCGGCGCCUCGUCGUCCCUGUGGCAGAAUUCGCAUCUUUUUAAGCAGAUCUAUUUCACAAAAUUCCCGGGUUACUACGACACCAUGGACGCCGGUUUUGUGGACGAGGAGGGCUUCUUGUACAUCAUGUCGCGCUCCGACGAUGUCAUCAACGUGGCCGGACACAGGUUGUCGGCAGGAGCGCUGGAGGAGUCCGUUUUGCAGCAUCCGGCAGUGGCCGACUGUGCCGUGGUGGGCUUGGAGGACCCGCUGAAGGGCCACGUACCGCUUGCCUUGUGUGUGCUAAAAAACGGAGUGCAACAGUGCCAAAAGGACGUAGCGAAGGAGACGGUAAAGCUCGUACGGGACACGGUGGGACCCGUGGCCGCCUUCCGGAAGGUUCUUUUCGUUCGCGGGCUUCCCAAGACCAGAUCGGGGAAGAUCCCCCGUUCCUCGCUAGGGAAUUUGGUCAACGGGAAGCCCUACAAGAUUACGCCCACCAUCGAGGACCCCGAAGUGUUUCAAGAAAUCGAGAAAGUUCUGAAGUCGAACGCUACUUGAACUCACCGCCGAGGAGACAGAGGGAAGUGCAAUCAUCUACUAGUCUGGAAAAUGGCAAACUGGAAGGCUAUGCUACUACAGUAUCUUAUCGGCUGCCACUGACGGCGACAGACAUCCCAUCCAUUUGAACGUUCAUUCGCUGCCACCUUCCCAGUUCAAAUGGAUCGGACGCCCGUUGUCGUCAAUGGUGACGAAUGUGAAAAAAAAAUGAAGUCAUUCAAUUACGAUUAAAAUCGAAAUCAAGCUCAAAAGUUGAAACUCCAUCCACUCACAGUAUUUUUGUCUUUUUAAUAUCUUUUUGUUUUUUGCUCACCACUUUAGUUUUCCACUGACGUACGCACAAGUCAGAAAUAAAUAAAAAUGUCUCCACACAAAACGGAACCAUGAUGACGUCCUUGUUCGUGCAAAUUGAAAGACUUCCAAAAC